UCACCAGAGAAGAUUCUGGAACUCUGCGACGACUACGACGACGUCCAGCACGAGUUCUACUUCGACCGUAACCCCGAGCUCUUCCCCUAUGUCUUGCAUUUCUACCACACGGGCAAGCUGCACGUCAUGGCUGAGCUGUGCGUCUUCUCCUUCAGCCAGGAGAUCGAGUACUGGGGCAUCAACGAGUUCUUCAUCGACUCCUGCUGCAGCUACAGCUACCACGGCCGCAAAGUGGAACCCGAGCAGGAGAAGUGGGACGAACAGAGUGACCAGGAGAGCACCACGUCCUCCUUUGACGAGAUCUUGGCCUUCUAUAACGACGCCUCCAAAUUCGAUGGGCAGCCCCUGGGCAACUGCCGCAGGCAGCUCUGGUUGGCACUGGACAACCCGGGCUACUCGGUCCUAAGCAGGGUCUUCAGCGUCCUUUCCAUCUUGGUGGUGUUGGGAUGCAUCAUCACCAUGUGCCUCAACAGCCUACCCGAUUUCCAAAUCCCCGACAGCCAGGGCAACCCCGGUGAGGACCCCAGGUUCGAAAUCGUGGAGCAUUUCGGCAUCUGGUUCACAUUUGAGUUGGUGGCCAGGUUUGCCGUGGCCCCUGACUUCCUCAAGUUCUUCAAGAACGCUCUCAACCUUAUUGAUCUCAUGUCUAUCGUCCCCUUUUACAUAACUCUAGUGGUGAACCUGGUGGUAGAGAGCUCCCCUACCUUGGCUAACUUGGGCAGGGUGGCGCAGGUCCUCAGGCUGAUGCGGAUCUUCCGAAUUCUCAAGCUGGCCAGACACUCCACCGGCCUCCGCUCCUUGGGAGCCACCCUGAAAUACAGCUACAAGGAAGUGGGGCUGCUCUUGCUCUACCUCUCGGUGGGGAUCUCCAUCUUCUCUGUGGUGGCCUAUACCAUUGAGAAGGAGGAGAAUGAGAGCCUGGCUACCAUCCCCGCCUGCUGGUGGUGGGCUACCGUCAGCAUGACCACUGUUGGGUAUGGAGAUGUGGUCCCGGGGACCACAGCUGGGAAGCUGACUGCCUCUGCCUGCAUCUUGGCAGGCAUCCUGGUGGUGGUCCUGCCCAUCACUUUGAUCUUCAAUAAGUUCUCCCACUUUUACCGGCGCCAAAAGCAACUUGAGAGUGCUAUGCGCAGCUGUGACUUUGGAGAUGGAAUGAAGGAGGUCCCUUCGGUCAAUUUAAGGGACUACUAUGCCCAUAAAGUUAAAUCCCUCAUGGCAAGCCUGACUAACAUGAGCAGGAGUUCACCCAGUGAGCUGAGUUUAGAUGAUUCUCUACAUUAGUUG